AUGAUCUCUUUCUUUCUUUCUUUCUUUCUUCUAUUUCAGUUCAAUUGCUUUUGUUCUAAUUCAUUUUUGCUUUUCUCCAGACUCCCCCCUCUCUCUCUUUCUCUCCCUCUCUCUUUCUCUCUCUCUCUCUCUAUCUGUCUAUCUAUCUAUUUAUCAAUCUCUUUAUCUCUUUUUCUCUUUCUCUCCCUCUCCAUGACCCUCUCCCUCUUCCUCUCUCUCUCUCUGCCUUUCUCUCUCUCUCUCUAUCUCUGUCGUCUGUCUCUCUCUCUGCCUAUCUCUGUCUGUGUCUGUCUAUCUGACUCUCUCUCUCUCUCUCUUGUUUGUUUUCUCCGAGGAUCUAUCUACACCACCCUCUCCCUAUUCCACACGUUUUUUACCCAUACCAUUUAUUUAGUUUUAUAUCAGUUUUCUCUUUAUUCGAUAAUCCCAGUCCUUUCUUUUCCUUUUUCUUUUCCUCCUUCUCAUUUUUACUUAAUUCAUGGGCUUGUCGUUUUCCCUCAUUUUUUCCUCUUUUUCAAUUAUAAUUGCCUUUCCGCCUUCUGCCCAACCCCGAGCGGAACCCAUUGCCGGGACACAAAAUUAACAAUUACCGUCAGCCAUUGA